AUGGCCGCGGCGGUAGCGCUUGACACUCCUUCGCCACGGCAACCGUAUGCUCUCAGCGAGUGCGCAUCGACGACUUGCUUACGCUCGCCCCAGCAGACGUCGCCUCGUCGUUCGCCCUACUUCGCCAACUCCACGCCGACGCAGGAACCGGACGCGGAAAACACCUCCAGCCCUUCACGCCCUUACACGUUUACCCCUCGGCGAGUCAAAUCCCUACCUAGAGCGUGGGAGAGACGGCCAGCGACACCGUUCGUGGCGCGGAACGACGCACAAAAGAUAUGGAAACGCGUCCCAUUGGGUGCCAUCGGGGCGAACAUUGGGGAGAAUUGGAGGAAGGAGAACAGGCGACUGGCCACACGGCCGGUCAAGAGAUUGAGAAUUGCCCAUCUCGGUGGAGAGGAGGAUCAAGAGAAUGCCGACUACAUCGCCUCUAAAUGGGACGAGGAUGGAAUGACGACACCCAGUCCGAAACGAAAGGUGUUGGAAUGUGGGGUGUUUGCAAUGGAUCAGGAAGAUCAAAACACUUCCGAUGAGGCUGACGACGGCAUCGAGGACGACGAAGACCACGGGAUCUCAGAACACAGCACGGCUUCACCUAUCCUCGGAAAUCACGAUGGAGCAGAGGACCGGAUCGAGGUUGAAAACAGUGAUAUUACAACGAAACCUGUGCAUGUCUUAGACAGUGUCACUGCUCCUCUCCAGGCAGCGGGCUUGCCUCAACCUCUGUCACCCAUCACUAAUUUGAUGAACCCAUCUUCCACCUCUUCACCUCCGCCUGCAACCAUGCCAUCCUCGUCAAAUGCAUCUAUGCCGGCGCUCGACGAGGACCUUGCCUCAUGUGGGAAUAGACAUCAAGACGCGCACUUUUCUUUCACUGUCUCGAGCAUUUUUGGCCCGAACGAAUCCGUGGCUAGCCCUCCCGAUCACGACGACACAGCCUACCUGCACGAUUUCCUCUCUCGGGCUCGCGCACGGAAAGCAGCUAAAGAACAGGCAUCCGAAGAAAAUACAACAACACAGCUGGAGGAAUCGGCGGACCCAUCUAUGAAAGAAUCAAGUUCUUCUCACAUUGAAGAUGUGACCAGUACUCCCCCGGAAGCUACCGACAGUAAAGAAACACCAAUGAUUGUUGCCACAGCUCCAGAACCAGAAAUCAAUGUCUCUCCUCGACGAAGCUCUCGACUCUUCACCCGACUUCCAAGACCGCAAAAACCUGCCACAAGCCUCCCGAACACUAUCUCCCUCAAGCGGCUCAAUGGAACCGAAUUUAUCGCCGCCCGCAACGAAGCUGAAUCGCUUGCGGUGACCACCCGUACAAACACUAAGAGUAACAAGAACGGGGCAGUCUCGGCAAAGGUCAGGUUGCUGCAGAUGGAUGCUGAGCAGAAGGCUAGGCAGUUCUCGGAAGAGGCCGGGGCUGAACAACCGAAGCCAGAGAUUAGGCCGACGAAGAAGAGUGGCAAGAGAAAAGAGGUGGCUUGGGCCGAGAAGCUUGCGACAUUUCACGGAGAAGUCGAGGAGAGCACUGUUGAUGAAACAGCGAUGGGGGAAGUGAGAGAGGACGAGGGUUGCAAAGCGGACAGCAACUCAGAGGCGGACAGCAAUUCGGAGGCGGAGGGAGGAGCAGGAGGCAAGGAGGGAGUCGAGCAGCUGCGUUCGCUUCUGCGUCAACAGAACAGAGGGGUCAAAAAGGUGCGCAGACUCCGGAAAUUGAAUGGUGGGAGUGUGAAUGGGACACCGGCACCAAAGAAGACGACAAACAUUCCCCUGCCUACUGCGUCGAAAUCUUUGUCUGCAAAGGUGUUGGGGUUGACGGCGCAAGCGGAGGAUGUUGUGGGCAGUGAGAAGGAUGCUAUUCAGACGAGGGCGAGGAGGAGGAUCUCCACGGGCGUCUGA